AUGUGUUGUAUAUGUAGUAUGUCUACACCAGGUGCCAGCAGUUCGAAAAAGAAAGGCGUCAGAGGUAAAUACAAGGGCAAGAAUGUUGAGGAGGAGCUCUCCAAAACACAAUCUGCCAAGUUACCGAUUGAGGUGCACGCAGAGACUGGCACCCCCGUAGGCAAGAACGGAAAAAAAUUCAACAAUAUGGCCAAAUGGAUGACUCGGAUGUCUAUCCCCAUUAAUAAAUUCAAAUGGGAAGAUGUCAGUAGAGCUGACAUCAACGCACUGUGGGAUAGACUUGAGACCAAGUUUAUCCUCCCACGAGAUAACCCUACAUUCGUAGACUACGGUGAGUACGAGAUGUCAAAGGGUUUACGUGACUGGAGGGCAGACUGCAAGAAGAAGUGGAUACAAAACAUUGAGGAGCUUGGACAGGAGAGGGCCGACAUGUCACCUCCUGAGGGAGUAACUCAAGAGGUGUGGACUGACUGCAUCGCUUAUUGGAGCACAGACAAACAAAAGGCGAGAGCAGCGAAAAAUAAAGAAAGUCGGGGUAAGAUGAAAUUUUUAGGAGGCUGGGGCUCCAAGCCCAUUGUUUCACAUGUUGUCGAAGGGGCUAACCCCGACACAGGAGAAUCGCAAGCUGCGGAGCAAAUGGUUGAAAUAGCGGCAACUCAACCAGCGCCCACCUGCGGAUGA